GGUGUUUAUAUUGCUGAUAUGGCGGGUCUGUUCGUGUGUAAACACGCAGCACGAGUGUCUGCUGGAUUCAGGCCGUAGUGUGUGAUUUAAACCCGGGACUCUCUGCUGUUCGUGUUGUUAUAGGGACAGGUUCAGCUGUGGGAGCGAGUUUAACUGCUGGCAGCAGAGCUAUCCUCAGAAAGUCACGGCUGGAGGAAGCAGCGGAGCAGAACUACAGGGUCUUGCUUUUGCUGUGAUGUUCCCAGUGCCAUUAAGAGUACGAUCAAACCACCGUCGCAAGAAACAUUACCCCAGUAGCACCUACUUGAUUUCAAUUUGACAGACGGGACGGAGAAUUAAACCACUCGUCUUGAAAAUCUUUUGCACACGAGCCGUAUUGAAGAAAAGCAGCACAUAUUUUUUAAAUAAAAGAAAGUUCUUGAUAUGUCGGAACCAGGGCAGAGUAGUGAAGGUGGGGGUUUGGGAGCAGCAGGGCAGGAAGCAGAAGCUGAUGGAGAGCCUCCUCAAGAAGGUUCACAGAAUCUGCCCAUCAGUGGAGCUCAGGAGGAGGCAGAGGAGGAGGCGGUACCGCCUGCUGCCAAGCAGCCACGUCUUGCUGAAGGAGUAGGGUUGGACAUUUGUCCAACUGAUACAGGUGUAGAUACCACAUUUGAUGAUGGUGGGAAUCAAGGCAUUGUUCUGAUCACAGACAAAGACCUCAGUAAGUCAGAGGAGGAUGGAAAAACAGCAGGAGACUCACAAGGAGGAGAGAAAGAGUGGCACCAGAAUGGAGCAGAAAACAAGGAUGCAGUUGAAGAAGCUGAAAGAGGAGAUCAGUUGGAUGACACCAGUCCACAGGACACAUCCUGCCAGCGUCAGUAUCUUGGGCUAGAUUUCAGCCAGAACCCCCAGAUGUUGACCGGGUCCUGGGCAGAAUACACCCACACUCCUGAGAACUACCUCAAAGGCUGCAAGUGGGCUCCAGACGGAUCCUGUAUCCUCUCAAAUAGUGCAGAUAACGUGCUACGUGUUUAUAAUCUCCCGCCAGAGAUCUACAGUGGCAGCUGGGACUUGUUGUCAGAAAUGAGUCCAGUGCUGAGGAUGACCGAAGGAGACACCAUCUAUGACUACUGUUGGUUUCCUAAGAUGAGUUCUUUGGACCCGGAUACCUGUUUUAUUGCCAGCAGUAGCCGUGACAAUCCAGUCCACAUAUGGGAUGCGUUCUACGGUGACCUCCGUGCGACCUUUCGACCCUACAACCAUCUGGACGAGCUGACGGCGGCUCACUCUCUGCGCUUCUCUCCGGACGGUUCACAGCUCUACUGCGGCUUUGAGAAGACUGUCAGGGUGUUCUACACAGAGCGUCCGGGCAGGGACUGUGAGGAGAGACCUACAGUUGUUAAGAAGCAGGGUCAGAGUGGGAUAAUCUCAUGUCUGGCGUUCAGUCCAUCUCAGCCAGUGUAUGCGUGUGGCUCAUAUUCCCGCACUGUGGGGCUUUACUCGUGUGAGGACGGUUCUCUGCUGGCCUUGCUGCCUCAGCGCCACAAUGGAGGAGUCACCCAUCUUCUCUUCUCCCCUGACGGCUAUCAUCUUUACACAGGAGGCCGCAAGGACCCAGAGAUUCUCUGCUGGGACCUCAGAGAUCCAGGCCGAGUUCUGUUCUCAUUGCCCAGGACUGUAAGCACCAACCAGCGAAUCUACUUUGACCUGGACCCGUCUGGACGAUACCUGAUGAGUGGUGACACAGAAGGGGUGAUGUCCGUGUGGGACAUUUUGACCGCCCCUUCUGAUGGUAAUGAAGACGUGCUGCAGCCUUUCCUGAAGUUCCAAGCUCACAGAGACUGUACAAAUGGCAUCAGCAUCCACCCCUUUAUGCCGUUAGUCGCGUCUUGCAGCGGUCAGCGCCAGUUCCCCUCGCCUGACGACAGUGACGGUUCAGACUCUGGCUCAGACCAGGACAGGGUGAUGUCCUCAAACGGCAUCAGAGAGGACAAUGCACUCACGCUGUGGUGGGCUGGACCACUGGGCUCGACCAGUGAAGAGAGACAGCAGGAUGAGCCGGCUGUGAUUGAAAACUAAAACUAAUGAGCUACAACUACUAAACCUUCUCUACAAACUGCCUCCGUUUCAGAUAAUUGAAUAAAUUGGUUGUUAAGGUAAAGUCCAGGGUUUAUAGUACUGCCCAAUGUCAUCUUUUUGAUUGACACAAUUUAGGACCAACAUAAGAUAAUUUUAUUUUUUACUGAUUAUGGGUAAGCUUUCAGACCUGCUAUAGCUUCCAAUAGCGAAAGAUUGUGUAUAAUUAAUUUAAACCUGGAAUGUAGAAGAUCAGUCCAACACAUUGAAUUUUCAAACACCAAAUCAUGAUCCAAACCAGCCAGAAAUCAAUUUUUCUUUUAGAUUCUUAAAAAUCGUCUUAAGGCUCAUUUAUGCUCAGCUACAAAUUGGAUAUGGAUGCAGGCAAAGCUUUUCGUCUGUACUCUGUGUUCUAAGCUGUUUAUUUAUGCAUUUUUGCACAUUCUCUAAAGCAAUUUCACUGAAAAUCAUGGGGGCAGUACAGCCAAAAGUUCAAGCAAAACAUGACCACUGCCAUACAGAAAUGACAAAACGUCUAUCGUAAAUUGUGAAGACUUUAUACUGCCGCUGCCUCUGACAUUUUGUUUUUUGAUUAAGUAAAGCAGCUGUGUUCCAAAUCUGUAUUCUAAAAUAAUGUUAAAACAAUCUCUGCUCUGGAGGCUUGAAUUUUUUGGGGCUUUUUCAUGAUUUUUUUCUCAUAAUGCUGUUUUACCCCUCCCUCUUCACCUGCAGAGAUUGUGUGUAACUGAUGAUGAAAGAGGAUGGGAUACAUCAGUUGCUUCCCUGGGGUUGGGAUGGGACACCUCUAUGAUGGCAGCAUUAAUGCAGAAAGUACCUAGAGGUUUUAAAGCAACAUGUGCAGCUGUAUUUCAGGGACACCUGUGCACGUUUCAGCAAGACCUCAUGCUGCACACAUUAGAAAAGCAUGGCUGCGGAAGAAGUGUCAAUUUUUAUGAUUGUUUUACUUUUUUUUCCUCUAUAUUUCAUUGGCAGAGAUUGUAACCUAGGAUAGGAUAGGAUGCAUCAGUUAUGUCCUUAAAAUCGCUCUGAAUGUUGCAGUGGCUGCUUUAUAUUACUGAAUACAAAGAUUUCUUUAAUUUGAAACGUUUGAAAAGUUUUAUAUGACGGCUGCAGCCUAACCUGUGGGACUCUAUGAUCAGCAGUUAUCACAAAAUACUUGUUCUGCUCGUGGUUGUCAGAACAGCUUGACUCUAGUGGAUGUUUUGCUUAAUAUUAUAAUAUUAUAAUAUAGUAUAAAUGAGCCUUAAAAGAACACAAUUGAUGUGAAAUGCUUUGGAGACUGGGCCCAUUACUUCUUUAGUGUUUUUGUCUGUUUUAAAAAAAAUUAAAAAUAGUUUUGACGCAGCAGUAAUGUAUGAUUUGGCCCAAACUGUGAAACACAAUAGCUUUUCCUCUCUUUGAGAAAUGGAAACACGAAUAUAAAACACAGCUAGUCUCCGUCCUUAAGUGAUUAUUUUGGAGAUAAGAAAGGAAGCAGUGGAAUGAGCCCAUCUAUAUUUACACUCUCAGGUCCACAGAUGAUAAAACACAAAAACACAGAGGCAGCAGAGUUCAUUCUGUCUGUUUACUGUUCUCCUCCACUGCUCUACUCUACCCUUCUGCUUCUCCAGUGAAAGCAGUGAAAGAUUCCUUACACAUCUAUUGUGUGCCAUAGUGCUGCUUUGUGUGCCAGUAAAAUGCUUUUUUUUUUUGGAGUUCAGUGAUAACUGUGUUGUGUGCGUGAAUGUAACAAUGAGCUUCUGCUAAUACCUUUACAAUCUUACAGUUUACUAAAAAAAAAACCAUCAAGUCUAUUGAGUCUCAUGUUUACAGGAGUUUUAGAACUGAGUGGGGUGUAUGAAUGCAUGCAUGUGUGGGUGGAAAGGAGGGUGUACACCUGAUUGUGUACUUGUUGUAAUAUGGCGUCAUGUGUGCGUGUGAGUGUCUGUCUGUAUUUUUUAAUAUGCAGAAAAGCAGUGGAACUGAAUAUCUCACCCUUGCCAAACAAUGCUUUUUGCAGGAUGUUCACUGUGGUUAGUAGAUUGUCAUUGAUUUUGUAAUGUGGCAUCUCUCGCUAUCUAUUCAAGUGCUUUAAUGACACCUGUGUGUGUGUGCAGCUCUUCUCCUUUUCUGACGCACGUUGACCAAUUGGUUGAUUUGAGAUUAGUUGUGAGAUUUCCGAUUAUUAAAGAUUUGUUGUGUGAACAUUUUGUAUUGAUCUGUUGCUGUGCAUUUCUGUGCAGAGCAUUUACUGAUUUUAAAACUGUUUUAUUUUGGCAACAUCUCAAGUUGAAAGCAUUGUUGAUCCCACGUCAACCUGAGUGCAGUUCAAAACUCUGUCCACUAGGUGGGAGGCUUUACCCCUACCAAGUAAACUUCAGUUGGAAACAUUCAAUAAACUUCUCACAGUUUAUUUUCUCA